AUGUUCAUAAGGAGGACAGGUUUUUUUUGUAUUGGGAGGUUUUGGGACGUUAGUUUCAAUAUGUUAGUGGGGUUAAUUGUUUAUCUCCCUUUAGCUUCCCUCCUCCUCCUCUCUCAUCUAUUUUUUGCAAAUUUUACCCUCUUCUCUUCAUCCAAAUAUUGUUUUCUUCAAUUUCAUUUCCCUUCCAUUUUUGUUAACUAUUUUGAAAUAUAGGACAAAGAUAAAUGAAAGGAAAAGCUAAAAGGGAAUUGGCACAGAAUCAUAAGAUUGAUUGUUAUAAAUGAGUUUUUUCCCUUCCAGAGUGUUUGUGCUGUUAGUUGACUGAUUGGGCGUUUAGGAUGAAAAAAUUUUUCUUUGUCCAAAAGGUCGAAAUUUCAAAACAAUUUUGUCAACCUAACCAGGCCCUUUUUUUAGCUUUCCCCUUCUAGCUUUUCUUUUUUCUUUACCAUUGUCGCUGACCUUUUUCCUUUCAAUUUUUGUUUUUAUUUUGUCGAUCUUUUGCACUUUGCUUUAAAUUGCCCACGGCCAUAGGCUAUGUUUAUGACACAUCGAAGGGGGGAUAUAAGGCCAAUGACUAGCACAUAUAAAUAAACAAGUAGAAAAAAGGAUUUGUGUCACCCAUAAAACGCCUUCUGUUCAUUGGCAAUCGCCAGUCUUUUCUAGUUUGGUCAAUUUUUUCUUUUAUUUUUAAGCCAGGUUCCAAAACUAUAUUCUUCUCAAAUAAACAAAAAAUACUUUUUCUUUGUUCCUGUUCUCUUUCCAAAAAUCCUUUAAAAAGUCUUGCAAGUUCUUUUUUUAUAUUCAGUUGGGAUCUAGUUGCAAUUCUCAAAAAAUCUUUUUUAGUUUAUUUGAAAGGCCUAGUUUAGAAUUUUCUCUGUUAAUUUUUCUGUUAAUAUUUGAUUCAGUAUUUACUCAUAAAAAUCUUUCAUUUCGUCUUCUUUUUUCUCUCAUAUCGGUGCCAUUUCCCAAUUUAAUUUUUCCUUCUGGGUUUUUAACGACUUUGACGCCCAUUCUUUAAGUCUUCAAAAAUGUUUUUAAUUUUCUUUAACCCCUAAUGUUGCAACUAAAAAUAUUUUUCUGAUUUCUCAACUUUUUUCUUCCUUUUCCCAUCUUUGGUCUUUUGGGUUGACUUUUUGUACACACCACAAACUUAUUUUUGUCUCCCGUGCCCUGGGCAACUUAUAGGUCCAUUUCUGCCAUUUUUACCAGUCGUUGUGGAUGUGGAGGACGUCCGUCAAUCAUCAUUCAUCCAUCUACUUUUUACCCCCUCAAUUCUUUCUUCCCUCAAUUUUUCAAAUCCAUCAACUAUUCUCUCCUUCCAUUUUUUCCCUUUUCACCAAGUAGUAAA